GCAACGACUGUCACUGGCAAACGUCUCGCUGUCAAAGGUAACGUCUGACGGUGUCAAAUUUUUCAUUUGUCUACUGUGGGGAUUCUUUCUACGGCGUUUGCCUCAAUUUUCACAUUGUAAAAGCGACGCGCCAGCAAGUGUGACCGAAGCAGGAUGAAUCCGGAAAAGCUGAAGAAAAUGCAGAGCGAGGUGCGCAUCGGCGGCAAGGGCAUGCCCCGCCGCAAGAAGAAGAUCGUCCACACGAGCUCGGCCGUCGACGACAAGAAGCUGCAGCUGUCGUUGAAGAAGCUCGGAGUCAACACGAUCCCCGGCAUCGAGGAGGUGAACAUGAUCAAAAACGACGGCUCGGUGAUCCACUUCAACAACCCAAAGACACAGGCUUCGCUGGGCACCAACACGUUCGCCAUCACCGGCCACAGCGAAACGAAAAUGAUCACGGAAAUGCUGCCCAACAUCAUCUCCCAGCUCGGGCCGGAGGGUUUGAACCAGCUGAAGAAGCUGGCGACGGCGGCCGCCGCCGAAGAGGAUGACGACGUGCCGGAGCUCACCGAGAACUUUGAGGAGGUGUCGAAGAAGGAGGCGGAGACGAAAGAGGCGGCCGCUGCCAGCUCGAAGGCCCCAGAGGUUCCCGCAUCUUCCUAAGUACACAAACUAAAACACACACGCACUCACACACACAUAAACACACAAAAGGCUCUGCUCUUAAGUAAUACAACAACCCCCAUGCUAGAGUUUAA